AUGCAUUCAAAGGCAUUUCAAACAUUUGGAAGACUUGCUUCAGCUGUUCUUGCACUCUCCGCUGCUAUAAUUCGAACAGUAUCAGUGUUGUUUCCGAUGAGUUCGUUUGUCGACAACCUAUUGAAAGUUCGCACAGGAAAACGUAUAUUUUUGGUGACCUGGUUUGCUUGUGGAGUUCGGUACUGGCAAGCUUAUACGGACUUCGGUUUUUGGACUGAUGCCAAUAGUUAUAAUGGACGUUGUAUGGUAGCUCCAGAAUUUGGAUCAAAGACGUCAUACAUCUAUCAGGAGGGAUAUAUUGUUAUGUUUCUUACUGUGCUGUAUCUGAUAGUCACUGUUUUUCUUUUGGUAGCUUUGGGUAUGACGCAAAGAAGGCGAAAGAAGCUAGGAAAUGAUAAGUAA